AUGAUGUUCCAGAUAAUACUUAAUGUAUUGUUAUUGAUCGCGGUUUCUGCCGAUAGUUUCUCAUCCCUUGCCUCUCUGAAAGCAUUGAUAGGAGCUGAGAGAGAUAUUCCGGUAAUGAUUAACGCUUACGUGGAAAAAGAGUUAGAAAAACUUGAUUAUUUGAAAAAGUUUGCUCAAGAAAUACAAAAAAGUAACAAUAAAGCUAUACGAGAUGGUGAGGAGGCGAUAACACAUCCGAUCAAUGCCUUCUUGUUGAUUAAGGGAAUGACAACAGACUGGAACAAAGUAAUUAAAAUUAUGCGAUCUAAUUCCGCUGAUGAUUUCAUUCGCAACGUAACUUACCAGCGGAUUGUUAAGCGUAUCAACUAUCCUACGGAGGUGGAUCUAUCAGGUGCAGCAAUUGGUAUAUUACGUUUACAAGACACAUAUGAAAUGAAUACCAAAGAUAUUGCUGAUGGAAAAAUUCUGAAUUCUAAAAUGCGAACAGUUGCUUUGACUGCUGAAGAUUGUUUUGAAAUUGGUCGUGUAGCAUACAGUGAACAUGACUAUUAUCAUGCCAUUCUUUGGAUGCAGGAAGCGCGAGAGCGUAUUCAGAAGGAAACUAAGCCAACGGCUAAUCUAGAGAGCAUUCUCGAUCACUUGGCCUUCUCACUGUAUAAACAGGGUAAUCUAAAACGAGCUUUAUUGCUUACGGAUGAAUUGUAUCGUAUGAAUCCGGAUCAUCCACGAGCGAAAGGCAACGUGAGAUGGUAUGAAGAUUUGCUGGAAGAUGAGGGAAUUCGACGUGCUGAUAUGCGACGAAAAGUUCCACCGAUGAAUAAUCCACGAGAUAAAAGUAACUUGAAGGACACAUACGAAGCAUUAUGUCGACAAGAAGUGCCCAUCAACACUAAGGCACAAUCGCGGUUGUAUUGCUAUUAUAAAAUGGAUCGCCCAUAUUUACGUCUAGCACCAUUCAAAGUUGAAAUUGUCCAUCAAAAUCCAUUGGUUGUUCUGUUCCGUGACAUUGUGUCGGAUGAAGAGAUGCGAAUCAUUGAAAUGCUUGCAUUGGCCCGAGCUACAGUUCACAAUGUUGUGACCGGAAAUAUUGAGACGGCUUUCUACCGUACUAGCCAGAGUUCCUGGUUGGGAUCGACAGAACAUGAAGUAGUUAAACGCAUCAAUAAACGUCUUGAUUUGGCAACAAAUCUCGAGACAGAAACCGCUGAAGAACUUCAGGUUCAAAAUUAUGGAAUCGGUGGACAUUACGAACCACAUUAUGAUUGUUCAAGGAGAGAAAAUGUCUUCGAAAAAACAAAAAAUGGAAAUCGAAUAGCCACAAUUUUGAUUUAUAUGACUGAACCGGAAAUCGGAGGUGGGACAGUAUUCAUCGAUUUGAAAACUUCUGUAUCAUGUACCAAGAAUGCAGCACUGUUUUGGUAUAAUUUAAUGCGUAGCGGUGCAGUAGACAUGCGUUCUUACCAUGCUGCAUGUCCGGUAUUGACUGGAACAAAGUGGACAGCGAACAAAUGGUUUCAUGAAAGUGGGCAGGAAUGGCGUCGACCAUGUGGUUUAAAUCAACUGGAUCAGGAACGAUACGUGGGUGAUUUAGGAGCUCCCGAGCCGAAGCGUCACUUAAAUAUCAGAUCAGAGAAAGCUAGAAAAUGA